GCCACUCAUAUGUAAGUUAAGGUCGACGGAGCACUGCAACUUCCGUCCGGCCGUCUGGCUGCCCCGUCUGGCUGCCCCGGUGGCCGCGGAAGCGGAGCCCGGGCCCGGCGCGUCGGGCGGCCCCCGGGUCGCCGCCGGUGUCGGCGCGGCGCCGCGGCGCGUCCCCGGGCGGCCAUGGACUACUUCCGGUCCCCGUCCAAGGAGGCGCCGCCGGCGCCCCCGGCGCCCAAGGCGAGCUCCCUCCUGAACACGCUCAUGUCGACGCACUUCGAGGUCGGCGAGGUGAGCAGCGAGCUGCUGCCGCCUUUGAGCGAGUACGAGGCGCAGGGCGCCUGGAUCGGCGAGGACCGGGCGCCGCGCGCGGCCGCGGCGGCGCCGUCGCCGCCGUCGCCGGGCCGCGACGCGCCCGAGCUCACGCUCUUAGAGCGCACGAGCGAGGGGCCGGCGAACCCGGAGAAGAUGGGCGUCGCCGAGUACCGCCUCGCGCAGCAGAAGAAGCGCCGGGGCCGGUCGCUGCCGCCGUCCGCGGGGCUCUCGGGCGGCCUCGCGGCCCGGGGCGGUCCCGCGCCGCGGCGGCCCGCGGCGGACCUCGACCCGGACUGGGCGGGCUACGAGGCGCCGGGCGGCGCCGACGACGAGCCGCGGCUCCUCUUCCCCGGCGGGCGCCUCGGGCCCCCGGGCGCGCCGCCGUCGGACGCGCCGAGCCCCCGGUCGCCCGAGCCGCGCCCGUCGCCCGUCGCGGGCCGCGGCGGCGCGGCCAAGAACGGCGGCGUCGCGCCCUUCACGCUCCUCCAGAUCUUCGACGACUCCUGCGGCGUCGACGGCCGCUGGGCCGUCGCCGGCGCGGCGCCCGACGAGUUCACCGCGAAGACGUCCGCGCGCGCCGUCAUGUCCGCGGCCGCGCUCCGCCUCGGCGUCGGCGCCGAGUACGUCUCGUCUCUCUCGCUCUACGCCUUCUCGCGCGACGGCUGCGACCGGCGCAUCGACCCGGCGACGCCCGCGGGCGCGCUCAAGAAGUGCGACGCCUUGGUGCUGGCCGUGCGGCUGGUCACGGGGCCGCAGCGCGCGGCGGCGCUCCGGGGGUUCCGCGUGGACAUCGCGUCGACGUCGGAGUACGCCCUGGCGCGCCUGCUCUACGCCCAGGCCGUCGCCGCGGUCAUGGCGGGCUUCCCGCUGCCGCCGGGCGACCGCGGCGCGCUCCGGGGCUCGACGGCCGUGCGCCUGGGCGCGCUGCGCCUGUGGUCGCGCGCGCGGGACCUCGCGGCGAAGAAGCAGUGCGCGACGGCGGCGGCGGACGUCGUGCGCCCGCUGGCGAUCACGCUGCUGGCGACGCACGGCGCGGAGACGUUCGCGCCGCGCGCGGCGUUCGAGGACGUCGGCGACGUGUCGAACGGCGUGCUCCGCGACCUCGACGCCCUGCUCGUCGAGGACGAGCGGCGCCAGGCCAAGGCCGCGGCGGCGCCGGAGGUCCCCGGGACCUCGAGCGGCGGAAACGCGCCCGCGGGCCCGUCGGAGACGGAGCGCGCGCAGCUGGAGCGCCAGGGCAUCGAGAUCGAGAUCGUCGAGUCCGUCGAGGACGUCCAGUACUUCAACGACGGCGCCAAGCCCGAGUCGGACUUCUUAGAGCUCGUGAGCUCGCUGCCGCUCUACGGCGCGGCGCUCUUCCCCUGCGCGGUGCGGCGCCGCGCGGCGGGCGAGCGCCGCGACGCGGACGACGACGCGCCCAAGUCGGCCGUCGCGAACCGCGUGCUCGCCAUCUCGCGCGAGGGCGCGGCGGUGCUUACCGCGGACCUGCGCACGGAGCUCCAGCUCAUCCCCAUGAACAAGCUGCGGCGCUGGCACGCGGCGCUCGAUAGCAUCUGCUUCGAGUCCGAGAAGCCCUUCGACCACUGGAGCCCGAACUUCCUGCGGCGGCGGUCCGCCGACGGCGAGACCCAGGCGAAGCGGAAACGAUUGCGGCGCCUCGCGGCGACGGCGCGGGGCAAGGUCCGGGGCCGCGCGUCGCUCGGCGGCGACGAGGCCGCGCGCGACGCCGGCGGCGACCGCGCGAAGGCGCGGCCCAAGUCCUGGACGUCCUGGGCGACGGCGCUGCUGGGCGGCGCCGAGGCCAAAAGCGAGCGGGAGAAGCCCCUGCCGCCGCCGCCCGCGUCCCUGAGCGACGAGGAGGACGAGAGCAGCGACAGCGACCUGGAGGCGCCGAUGCAGCGCGUGCGCUUCGAGCUGCUCUUGGUGGAGCGGCCGGGCCAGGUGGGCUACCGGAGCCGCGAGAUCGUCGACUUGCUGGACGACUACAGCGUCUUCGAUCUCGUCGAGGACCGGCCGCGGUGCCAGUACCAGGGCAGGACAAGAGAGCGAAAUUCCAAACUUCAAAGCCUCAUAUCUCGGCCGUUUUCCACUCGCCAGUACCACUCGAUCUUCGGCACGGGCCUGCCCAUGAACGGGACGUCGCGCGUCGCCCGGGCGACGGUGGGCACGUCGGAGCAGAUGGCCUCGGAGGGCGGCGGCGCUCUGGGCGACCAGCCGACGGUCUACAACGCCCUCGUGUCCGCGGUCGUGCGACCGCCGCGGUUCCUCUACGACGCGCGGCUCCUCGGCCCGUCGUCCUUCGAGUUCGGCGGCAAGCGCUUCUUCCGCCACGACCUCGUGAUCCGCAACCAGCACGGGCUGCGCCUGCACUGCUCGCACUGGCGGCCCGCGGCGCCGGAGCACCAGCGCGCCGCCGCGCGGCCGUGCGUCGUGUUCAUGCACGCGAAUAGCGCGUCGAGGAUACAGGCCUGCUCCUACCUGCCCGUGGCGUUGAGCCUGGGCUGCUCCAUGUUCGCGUUUGAUUGCUGCGGCAGUGGGGUGUCGGACGGGACCUACGUGUCCCUGGGCUACCACGAGGCCGACGACCUGCUCGUGGCUCUGACGCACCUGCGGAAGCGCAAGGACACGGGGCCCCUGGUCGUCUGGGGCCACUCCAUGGGCGCCGCGUCCGUCAUCUACUACCAGGGGCGCUACCGGGGGUCCUACCCGCGCAUCGACGCGGCCGUGCUGGACUCGCCCUACGCGGACUUCGAGGAGCUCGCGAACCACCUCGUCAAGCAGAACAGCGCCGUCGCGACGGGCUCGCUCGGCAAGUACGUCGUCGGCUUCUCCCUGACGCGCAUGGCCCUGAAUCUGGUGCUGGAGUCCAUCGACGCGUCGUGCCUCCAGCUCGCGAAGUUCAGCCCCCUCAAGGACCUGUCGCCGAUCUCGCACGCGGCGACGUGCGUGACGCCCGCGCUCUUCAUGCAGGCGCGGAGCGACCGCAUCAUCGCGUUGAGCCACGUCGAGGGCCUCGCGAACCGCUACGGCGGCACGCGGAAACUGGCGAUCGUCGACGGCACGCACAGCUCGCCCCGCAACGGCGCCGCGAGGCACUUCAUCGCCAUGUACCUCAAGAAGAACGUCAAGCUGCCGCCGGAGGCCGCGCGGCCGGACACGCGCAACCGCGACCGCUACCUCGAGCUCAGCCCCUGGCACCGGCCCCGGUCCGCCCUCCCGCCCUGCACCUAG